UUGUUUAUUAUGCCCCAUGGCGGAUGCAGUUAUCUAGAUCUAGAAUAUAGAGGUAUCUAGACUCUAGAUCUAGAUUCUAGACUAGGCUACUAAGAUUCCAAUGUUGUACCCUCGCGUUUUGCGAAAACGUUGGGUAUUAGCUGUGAUAUUUAUUUGUUAUUUUAUCUAUUUCUUAUCAGCCACGCUGUCAAAGUCAUCUGAUUAUAUUCUUUCUGAGUAUGAAUCAAAGAGAACUCUAAGGCAACCUUUUCAGUGGCAGCCUUCUGAAGAUUCUAAUGAUACAGAGAUUGUUAAGUGUAGAAAUUCUAGGCAAGGUCGCUGGCUGAUAGUUGACCACAAAGGUAAUGUUUGUCGGAGAGAGCAUGUAGGGGUCAACAACUGUUGCAAUCCAAAAAAUCCAUCAACAAAGCAUCAAACCUGUGAGACCUGUUUAUCUAAUGCUUGCUGUAGUGUGUAUGAGUACUGUGUCUCCUGUUGUCUGCAGCCAAAGAAUCAACAUUUGCUCAAUAAAAUCUUAAAAGAAAACCAGGAAGCUCCGUACAACUUGUUUGUAAGGGAAGUGGAGAACCUGUUUGACUUGUGCUUAGCCAAAUGUAGGACCUCCUCUCAGAGUGUUCAACAUGAAAACUCGUACAGGGAUUCCAGCAUAAAAUAUUGCUAUGGGGACAAGCCUCCAGAUUUACAAAUCAUCAACAGCUGAAUACCAGACAUAGCGUCAUGAACUGUUAAUCAAAACACAACCAA